AUGACAUCUACAAAGUCACUACCUCAUCAUCAAUGGCACCACCAGAACCAAACCUUGGAUUUCUUGCUACCAAAAUACUAUGAGCACGAUCUCACUCAAGAAGACCAUGAUAUAAAUGACUCGAUACAAUUACCACACAUCAGCUCCUUUCGUUCGACCAAUCGACCGGCCAGAGACCCUGAAUUGGCAAUGGGAGACUGCGAUGCUAUGUAUGCUGCCACUCUGUUGAAUUCAGAGUUUGUGGAUUGGCUGCAAAAGGAUAGCCUCGAUAAUAGCUGUAGUAGUGAUAGUAGUAAUCCAACUGCUCAAUCUGCCAGCAGUUUGUUUUGUCUUCCUACUAUCGAUCGUCUUCGAAUGCUGCUCGGACAUAUCUCUCCAGACAAUCUUGAUUCAGGACGGGCUUUGUUGGAUAGCAAGGGGAAAAAGAAGGCAUAGUUAAGCUAAGAUAAUAAUAAGGCAAAUGCUUGCUUGUGGUAAUUUACAAUUGCCAUUAGAAAUCACAAAAUGGGAAAUUAACGCCGUUUUAAAACCCUUGAUUUUUUUUUGUCUCUCUCUCUUUUUCACACGCACACACACAUAUAAUUCAUACUAAAAUAUAUACACAUCAUAUACCUUGAUUAUUUCUAUAUUAU